AUGGAGGUUCACAACAGAUCAAUGACAGGGCGUGUGACACGGAUUUUGUUUUCUCCAACGAGUUUCCGUCUCAUUUUCUUCUUGAUGCUCCUGAUUGUAUACUGUAACCAGGGUGUCGUUGGAACAAAGAAACGUGUUCAUAUUCCGGAUGAUCUGCAUGACGUGGAGGACAAUGAGGAGGAUGAUGAGUGGAAAGAAUGGGGACGGAAUAAGAGAAUGACGGUGGAAGAGUUUGAUCCACCACCGGAGAAUUUUUCAGAUAUGGAUUUUACUCGGAUGCAGGAUGAGGUUACGAAACGUCAAGUUGGGACGUCGUAUGGAUUUGUAAAGCUCCGGUUAGAUGAUCAUCGGACCCCGGAUAUGGUAUCAGAUAUUGCAGUGAAAUGGACACAACUUGCAAGAACCGGAGCAAUUGAAGUCACUUUCAUGGGUUUUGAUAUCACUACUGUAAUGUUUUCAUUACAAAAUGCUCAAAACAUUUUAGAGGUUGGUUUCAUUCCUACUGAACAUUUGAAUUAUAUACUUUGGUAUUCAUUGGACGAUUCUGGUAUCACAUUUAAAGAGUUUGUACUGGAUCAGUCGGAAGCGUAUGAAAUUAAGAUGGGAGAAAGAUAUUUCCGAAGACCAGGAGACCCUCCAUAUGAUGAUCUUCUGAAAGAACUGCACAAAGAAAAGAAUAAGCAUGCUACUCGUGCUGCUCUCCCAAACGAAACUACCACUAAAACCGAAUUAUAA